GCGUGGCCAAGUGGGACGGCGUGAGGUCGCGCGCCCGUAGGGCGAAGAGCGCGCAGGUUGCGAUGGAGGAGAGGUAGAAGCGUGGCGUUCAGCGGAUGGGGAGAUAGACGGUUAGAUGUCAAGAUAUUAAGGGAAAACCUUUCAUCUUGAGUUUAUUAAAGCAAACGUAAGAUUGGGAUUAGGCUUAGCUUCCGUCUGAUAAUACAAAGUUUUUGUACACCGACACUUUUUGAAACACGGAAAAAUGCCGAACAUAAAGAUUUUCAGCGGCAGCUCUCAUCAGGAUCUGUCCCAGAAGAUCGCAGACCGCCUGGGACUCGAGUUGGGCAAAGUCGUCACCAAAAAAUUCAGUAACCAAGAGACGUGUGUGGAGAUCGGCGAGAGUGUGCGAGGGGAGGACGUCUACAUUGUGCAGAGCGGUUGCGGGGAGAUCAAUGACAACCUCAUGGAGCUGCUGAUCAUGAUCAACGCCUGCAAGAUUGCUUCAGCUUCCCGCGUCACCGCCGUCAUCCCCUGCUUCCCGUACGCUCGCCAGGACAAGAAGGACAAGAGUCGAGCCCCCAUCUCAGCCAAGCUGGUAGCCAACAUGUUGUCAGUCGCGGGAGCCGACCACAUCAUCACCAUGGACCUGCACGCCUCCCAGAUACAGGGAUUUUUUGACAUCCCCGUGGACAACCUGUAUGCAGAGCCAGCUGUGCUGAAAUGGGUUAAGGAGAAUAUCCCCGAAUGGAAAAAUUGCAUCAUUGUGUCUCCAGAUGCCGGAGGUGCCAAGAGGGUUACCUCCAUCGCUGACCGGCUAAAUGUGGAUUUUGCUCUCAUCCACAAAGAGAGAAAGAAGGCCAAUGAGGUGGAUCGUAUGGUUCUGGUGGGAGAUGUGAAGGACAGGGUCGCCAUCCUGGUCGAUGACAUGGCCGACACCUGUGGCACCGUCUGCCAUGCGGCUGAUAAACUGCUAUCGGCGGGUGCUACCAAAGUGUACGCUAUCCUGACCCACGGCAUCUUCUCGGGCCCUGCCAUCUCCCGCAUCAACAACGCCUGCUUCGAGGCCGUGGUGGUCACCAAUACCAUCCCCCAGGAGGAAAAGAUGAAGCACUGUCCAAAAAUACAGGUGAUUGACAUCUCCAUGAUCCUGGCCGAGGCAAUCCGCAGGACUCACAACGGCGAGUCCGUCUCUUAUCUCUUCAGCCACGUUCCCUUGUAACAGCUUCUCUCAGGAGGCUCUGUGCUGCUCCAGCUGGAGAGGAAGAGGAUCCCGACGGCCUUGCAAUUAUCUUCUCAUCCCCACACCCCUUCUUCGCUCCCUUCUCCAUCGCCUUGACCCUAGUUUUCCUCCCUCUUGUGUUCUGUUACACUGACUGCUUGACAGUCGGACACAUUAAACGCUGACUUGAGUUAACCUGGUUCACCCUUUCUCUGCCCAUUUGUCCAGAGGCAGCGAGCUACUUAUGAGCGGCAGGGCCCAGUGAAUGUCCAUCUAGAACACAGGUUUCAGCUCACGGGUCAAGAAUGUGCUUGAUUUGUUCAAGGACCACAUUUCCUUUUCUCCCACUGUUCACGUUGAGUGCAUUGGCUUGGUCUAUGCAGUCAAGAGCCUCCUUGGAGAAAAGGCCCUUUUGCUACUUUUUGUUGUUUUUUAAAAUUUGUGAGAGCUUUUCU